AUGGUUAGGAUGCUGGACCUCGCCGCCAACAAGGGCUUCGCCGCGCCCGGCAAUGUCAUCGGUCUAGCCUUCGCCUUCGUGGCCGUCGUCGCGGUCGUGGCCAUCGCCGUGUUCAGCUGCUCUGAUGGGGCGGACAAGUCAGACGCCAAGCACAAAAAGAAACGCAAGGCCCAACCCGUCGUUGUUGUUUUCGGCGGUGGAGGCUGCUAA